GCGGCCGCUGCCUCUGCGGCCCGACGCGGGUCCCGGGGAGCGGAGCCGGAGGCGGGGAGGCGGGGGCCGGGCGGCGGCGCCCUCAUGGAGCCCAACGUGCGCUUCUGGAUCGCCGAGCGUCAAUCUUUUAUUCAGAGAUUUCUUCAGUGGACAGAAUUGUUGGAUCCUACAAAUUUGGUCGUUUCAGUUGAAAAAAUAGAAAAAUCAAGGCAACUAUUGUUAACAAAUGAAGAUGCAUCCAUCCGUGACUUGGAGGACCCAAGGAUAAAAGAAGCUUGGAAGAGAAGUCUUUCAACAGUGCAUCCUGACAGCAGCAAACUGAUCCCUGUUCCUUUUCGACCUGCAGCUCUCCUACCGUUCACGGCACCCAUGAUAUUUUUCUCCAUGCUGUCAGUAAAAAGUCUGAAGUCCGUGAUUUUACCUCAGAUUUCCUUCUAUACCUACACUACAGCGUUCAACAUUGUCAAUGGAAAUGCAAGUUAUAAUCGUCACCUAUACGAGAGUCUACUGCUAGGGACAGGAGUGAUUGCCUCUUCAUCCUUUUUUGGACUAUUCCCCCGUCUGCUCCAGCUGCGGCUGAAUAACGCUUUGUUGAAAAGAGCCCUUCCCAUCAUCUUUCUCACCCACAUCAGUGCAGUGAAUGUUGUCGCAGUCCGAAGUCUUGAGCCCAUUCGAGGGAUUGAAGUCAUGGACAAGGAAGGCCAUGUCAUGGGCUAUUCCAGAAAAGCUGGGACAAAGGCUGUUAGAGAUACAGCAUCAUCCAGGGUAGUGCUGUAUGGGACCUCAGCUUUUAUUCCUGAAGUCUUCUCACACUAUUUUGUAAGGACCCAGUUCUUCCGGCAACAUCCAUGGUCAUUGUGGACCUUCAAGCUGGCCUGUACUGUUUUAGUAAUGGGAUUGAUGGUGCCAGUUUCUUUUAGUAUAUUCCCACAAAUUGAACGGGAAUGCAGAAACAACCUUCCCCAAAAUGGCAACAACCCUGGAUAAAGCCAAGGCUUUCUUCCCCUGAGAUCCUGUCGUCUACCUGGGCACAUCUGCAGGGCUUCCAGCUCAUCGGCAUUCAGGUGCACAUAGGAAUGAAGUAUGGUCCAGUCCUGUCGAUGCCACACCAGGGCAGGCAGAGUCCUGAGGAAUUAAGGCAAGAACUCAAAAGGUUGCUGGCCCACACCCGAAUCAGCCCACCCUCCUUCCUCUUCUUCCCCCAAGAGGAAACUGGCUAUCAGAGGCAGAGGCAGGAACAUUAAACAUGCCAAUACCUCCUGGCUUCAAAUUAAAGUAAUACAAUGUUUUAAAUUCUGCCUUUUGGGGUCAGAUUAGCUACAAAAGGCUCAAGGUCAAGUUUCAAAAGAUGUCCGUGGUGGCAAGGAGUAACACUUCUAAAAUUUUCCUACAAACACCUCACUCUGAAAACUGCUACGGAGGCAGCCAAAGGCUAAGAUCCAAAAUGGGGCCCUGCAAGCAACAAAUUUUUCUGAAGUCUCU